AUGUCAAUUCAUGUUGGUCUUCUGAGCUACCCAGGAUCAGGAAAUACUUGGACGCGCCACCUAAUACAACAACUCACAGGUUAUUGCACUGGAACUGUAUACUGUGACAAAUAUCUUCAUGGCCAUGGAUUUCCGGGAGAGUGUGUCUUUCCUAACCAGAAUGCAAAACAUGCAUGUAUAGUGUAUAAAAGUCACUAUUAUGAGACGAAUAAGUUAAAACAAUUUCACAAGGCUGUGAUUCUGAUAAGAAAUCCUUACGACGCUUUUAAAGCCUUCUUUAACUGGAUGUAUGGAAAAAGUUUAUCCGGAAAUCAGACGACAAACCGAACACAAAAGGCAAUAACAGGCCCAAGGGAUCGAUUCCACGCCCUUGUUGACAGUUCCCGUUACAAUUCAACCGGUUGGAAAGAAUACGUCAAAAGACAGUGCCUACGCUGGCAGUCAUCCUACACCACCUGGAUGAAGGAAUUUCAGAACCGGUUCUUGCUCGUGCGUUAUAGGGAUUUGAAAAAUGAUCUGAUUCCUACCUUGAGGCGGAUCAGUGAAUUCCUAAAUGUCACGGCAUCAGAGAAAGAUUUAAUAUGUACUGAUAUCAACAAAGAAGGACAGCAUCACAGGAAACAGAAAUAUGAGUUAACGAUCCCGGACAUCUUCACAGAGGAGCAAAUUGACAUGGUCAAUACCGCUAUCAUGGAUGUUAUGAAAGUAGCAAAGAACAAAUUUAGUUUGAAGGAUUUUAUUUUUGUUAAUGCUAAAUACUAA